AUGGUUAGAGAGACUCGGCAUCUGUGGGUUGGAAAUUUACCCGAUAACAUUCGUGAAGAUCGAAUAAGGGAGCACUUCAAACGCUAUGGCCGAGUCCAGAAUGUCAAAUUAUUGGGUCGGACUGACAACGUUGCCACGGGUGUGGCUGCUGGCGGAACUAGUGGUGUAUGUGCCACAGUUGCCUUUAUGGACAUUAAGUCUGCAUCAAAGGCACACAACGCAGAACAUGUGCUGGAUGAACGCACUCUUACCACCGAAUACUAUGAGCCGGCUGCAAUACCAUCGGCAGCGGGUGCGCCCUCGGCCGGUUCUUCACCAGCCGGUUCUGGCUACUCAGGUUCUUCGUCCUCCGUGAAUUCUACCCCUGCUCCCGCUUCCGUGUCACGCUACCACCUUUCGGGUGGAGAAGAUAGUUCAAGUAAUACGUGUCCGAUAGCUGCAUCUGCAGCAGCUCCUGCUACGUGGCGGGGAACAAAUGACAGCGCUACCGAGUAUUGUCGUCGCGGCAACACGCCUGCAGCUUAUGGCAGGUACCAGCGCAACAACUCUACCGCACCUUACUCUACACCACCCUCUAACGUGGAAAGAACUACACCCCACCAUCGAUGGUAUGCGACGGGAGACAGAGUUUCGGGAGCGACCGGUGGUGAAAGUACACCAAGUACGCCUGGUGGUGGCACUGAGGGUGGGCGCCGACGUCGCCUUUCGGGGUCAGGCUCGUCGCGUUCGGACUCGAGUUCACCAGAACCGAGCGAUACCUCACGCGCUUCAACACCUGCAACACAGCCACCCCUCUCACACCAUACCAACCACCGAACACCACCGACGUUACAACAUCAAUGGGCCUCGACGGCGAAUGGUAGGCCGUUGGCAAUCUGUGUGCGAAAUCUACCUACAAGAUCUACUGAUAGCUCACUGAAAGAUGGUCUCUAUCACGAAUAUAAGAAGCACGGCAAAGUAGUAUGGGUUAAAGUAGUUGGUCAGAAUGCUGACCGAUACGCAGUCGUGCGUUUUAAAAAGCCGUCCGACGUGGAGAAAGCAUUAGAAGUAUCCCAGGACAAACUGUUUUUUGGAUGCAAGAUCUCCGUGGCACCGCACCAGAGCUGUGAUGAAGACGCAGAUUCGGCUAAACCUUACGAGACUGAUAUCGAUGAAUACCAUCCGAAGGCAACCAGGACUCUAUUUAUCGGUAAUUUAGAAAAGGACGUGACGCAACAACAACUCCGAGAUAAAUUCAAACAUUUCGGACGAAUAAUCGAGAUAGAUAUCAAAAAAGGGAGCAGUGGCGGCGCGGGCUACGCUUUUUGUCAAUACGCUUCUAUAUCGAGCGUGGUGGAAGCCAUUCGUGCAAUGGAUGGCGAAUAUGUGGGCGGAUCACGCGUUAAACUUGGUUUCGGUAAACCCGUAGCCACUACUUGUGUGUGGGUAGACGGACUGACCGAACACACAGAAAAGCAGGUGCUGUCCGCGGUGUCACGGUGUGGCGGCGCCACGUCGGUGUGCGUGGACCGCGCGGCGGGUGCGGCGCUGGUGCACUUCGAGCAAGCGGCGGCGGCCGGCGCUGCCGUGCGCGAACUGCGCCGCGUGGCGGCUACCGUGUCCGCCGCCGAACCUGACCAUCCGCGCCUCUGUGUUGACUACGCAUCGCGCGAAUGUCAGGAGGCGUUUUAUGAACAACUGGAAAAAAAUGGUGGCACUUCAGCCUUGUCGGGUUCUGAAAGAUUGACUGGUGAUCUUACAGUAACACGAUACAUGCCCCCGGCUCGCCAUGAACCCAUUCGAUACGACGCUUGCACGUCUCGAUCGCGGGGUUCCAGUUAUGGUCGUGGUUCUUCAAGAACUCCUCGUUACACUACGCUUGAACAUUACGAUGCUGCAGAUUAUACUACGGACCGACGGUACAGGGUAUACGACGAAGUGGGUUCAAGCCCGCAGCCCGAGGAUGUGCCCUAUGAAGAAAGGCUGCAGUCUGUAGUAGUAUCGCCACACAGAGCGCGACGGCACCGUCGCGACUCCAGCCCAGAGGAUCGCAAACACUCUAAGGAACGUCAUCGUAGUGCUGGCGCCCGACGCUCGCGUUCAGGUUCGCGUGGAGGAGAAAGACAUGGACCACGUCGGAGACAUAGACGUCGUCGUGAAGGUUCUGGGUCGCACUCACGUGCCGGCACACCUUUACGCGAUGAACCUGAUGCCCCGCCUGUGGAACCGCGCCGCACCCCUCGCGAACGUCCACCACUUCCUAUGAGUCUGCCGUUGCCGAAGUUUGCUGUACAGCUGCUACGCAGUGUGCCACCUGCGCCUCGUCCUGCACCUGCUCCCGCGCCUGACUCACCGCCGCGUCCCCCCUCUGCAUCUUCUUCUAGCGGAGGCUCCGCGCCACACUCGCCUUCACUCGAGGAGCGUAUUCGGAGUCUUGACGAAAAGCUUAACGGGUCACGAAUUCUAGCUGAUGCACCAGAUCGCAGUCGCCUCCGGCACCGGCUUCUCGAAGUUGACAUAAAUGAGGUGAAACCAUCGGAAGUGGUGCGUUCUCUGCUCGCAAAGCGGUCUGUGUUCGACGAAGACUCUGAACGGCUUGAAGGAGCUGGACGUGCUCCUAGCCCUGGCGCCAGUCCACGCGCUCGCAUUGGUCCAUGUACCCCGCGAGCGCUCCGCUAUCCAUUUCCUGCGCAUCCACCUCCGCCGCCGCCCACACCGCCAGCGCCACCGACUCCACCAGCACCACCUACGCCGCCCCCAGUACCUUCUACGCCACCCGCACCCACAACGCCUACUGAUGAUCGACGUAUGUGUCUUAGAACUCCUGAUAUUAUGGACAGGGAGCUGUUGGACUUAAAUGUACAACGUUCAUCUUUCGGGUUAGAACGCGAUUUGAAACCAUUUGCAAGAGCGCCCGAAGAUUUUCGUUCGAGUGACGGAGAAAUUGGUAUUCCUACAAUGAUCGAAGAAAAAGUGUUGAAUGUCGUUAUGGACGUAGGUGAAACUUCUCCUCAGAAUCAGCCCAGUAACUAUAGCGUUGGGACGAGUAAUCUACGAAUUCAGCCAGAUUGUACUAACAUCAAAUCGACAGAUGGCAGUGCGACUCUUGUAAAAAAAGAAGUGGUUAACCCCAGCGAUCGUGGGUGUUUUACUUUUCAAACAGAAGAUACCAGUGCUCGCGAUGUUAUGGAUAUGUUAUUAAAACGAGUUGAAAAUUAUCAUGAAAAUCAAAAACUUGAAUCGCAGUUUGAAAGAAAAUGCAUAUUCAUGAAGGAAAACGUAAUAAAACAAGAAUUCCAAAAAAAAGAAGAUAGAAUUGAAGUCAGUAGCGAAAGUGAAUUUGAUCCAUUGCGUAAAUCCGGUAAUUACAAAAAUAAAGAGGGCAUAAACGAAAAUCUCAUGUCCAAAGAAUUAAUUGAAUUUGAACUUCAACAAAAUCACUUAAAUGCAAGCAAUUCCAUUAAAUCUAGUAAUUUAGAAUUUCUGACUCAAGAAUCAAACAACACAGAUAAAGCUCUUAAAGAUAGACAAAUUAAUAACUACAAUAUUGCAAAGUUUGAAAAAGAGAACAUUCAGUUCGAUAAAGCGUUCGAUAAAGAAAAGUUUACACCUAUUAUAACUGAUAAGAAAAUAACAGACUCUGAAAAGAAUUACGAUGAUCGUGCGAAAAAUGAUCGCGAUAAAUCAAGACAUUGUAAAGACAAAAUUGAAAAGGAUAAACACGAUUCCGACAAAGAUAAAUCAAAAACUAAAUCUGAUAAGAACUUGGAAAAAUUACAAAUUCAAACGGACAAGACCAAAGUAGAAAAAGAAGGAGAAAAAAUUCACAAGGAUAAAACUGAUAAAGAAACGGAAAAAAACAAACAUCUUGAAGAAAAACCUAUACGGCAUUGUCCUGUUACAGUGAUAUCUGCAGCUAAGCAUGAACAUCGAAAAAAAGAGAGAAAUGAAAAGGAACCAAGAAAAGAUGCUGUAGACACAGAUUUAGCAGCUCCUAAAACGAAAAAAGAUGACAAAUACAAACACGAUAGAUUAAAGAAAGAAAGCGAAUCUAGGAGAGAUGUUAAGAAAGAUUCAGAUUCUGUAAAACAUCGUAAAUCAUCUCGAGAUGAAGCUUCAAGGGAUAUUUCGCGCAAAGAUUCUACAGAUUCUUCAACCUCUAGAACGUCUCAUGAAUCUUCUAAACUAAAAGAAUCGGAAAACACUGAAGUUAAAGAAGAUGCUAAACCAAAAUUAAGGCAUUGUGAUUUGUUUCAUAAACAUGAAAAUAAUAUAAAUAAAGAAUUACCCAUGAGAACUGAUGUCAAAGAAGAUAAGGAUUCUGCAAUACAUGCCAAAAGUAAAUGUGAAAUAACGAUAGAUCAUAAUUUAAAAUCAAAAGGGGACAAUAUCGAAAAACAGAGACACUAUUCUUUAGAUUCACCUAGUGUCGAGGCAAAACGCAAAGAACGAUUAAAUUCUAGUUCUAGUUUGCCUCCUAAUAUUGGACAUAAACGAAGAAUGUCUUCACAAGAUAGUCUCGACGCUUUUAACGAGGAUACUAAAAAGUGUCGAAGUGAUGCAAAGAUUCCUGAAAGAAGAAAUUCUAAAGAUAAUCGCGCUGAUAAUAAACAUAAAACUACUAAAUUCAGUAAAGGCCAUUUUGCCAAAAUCUUAGAAAGUAAAACUAAAGAUGACAAGAAAAAUCAAGUUAAACCACCAGAUGAGAUUUAUAAUGAAUUGAAGGAAAACGAUCGUAAUGACGUUAAAGGGUCUAAAGGUGUCGAUAAACCAAAGCCUUUAAAAAAGAGCCCAAAAGAGGAAGUUGAAGACAAAUAUCACAUGGACACACAUACACCACCCGAAGGAUUAAGAUUAGACUUCCUAGCUACAUUAGAAUUAAGGUCGAGUGAAGAAGAUGAAAAGCAAAGAGCUCUAAGAAAAGAAAUGAAAGAGAAAAAGCGGAUUCAACAGUUACAGCAAAUUCAGGAAUUACAAUUGCAACAAGACGCGUUACAGCAAGCAGAACUCAUGGGUAAAAUUAAAGAUGAUAAAAAACCUAAAUGCGAAGAUAAGAAAAAAGAAGCAGCCCGUGAAAAAAGAAUGUCAACAGAUCGUAAAAGUAGAGAUGAUAAAAUUGAUAACAAUAAACGCAAGAGUCGUAAACUUGUUCACAGCAGCGACAGCUCUGAUUCUGAUGAACCAAAGAAGCAUUCGAUAUUUGAUAUAGUCGAUGACGGUCCUAUAUACAUAUCUAUGUACGACAAAGUUAAAGCUCGUUCAUGCAAAAAUAUGCAAAAACAAGAAGAAGAAAAACGACAAGAAAAGAUAAAAGCCAAAUUUAGUCAGUUAAAACAAAGUCGAGCAAAGCGCGAAGAAAAGAAACGAUCUAGUUGGGACGAAGAUAGUGAUUCUGACCAGGACAGAAAAAAACACUCCAAAUCGUCAAUGGACAAUUCAACGGACGAUGACAAUAUGGUAAUUCAUUCAAGAAAACGGGAAAAAAUUCUUGGGCUGGAUUACGAGCGUGAUAAAAUAGAAGAUUAUUUCGAUGGCAGUACAAAUGAAGAUGACAUGCGCAACAAACUGUCUCGUAAAAAUUCCAGAACUCGGAUCAUGUCAGAUUCAUCAGAUGAUGGAAUUGUUAAGAGAAGCCUAAGCAAAAGUCCAACUUUCCUUGAAAUGAAAAAAGAAGUAGUUUCGGAUGCUGAAUCUGUACAGAGGUUAAAAGAUGAUAACAUAACAAAUUUAGAAAACAAUUGUAAAAAAAAAUCUUUGUUAAAUUUAUUUGGAAAGAGCGAUAGUGACGAUAGUAAACUGAAGCUAAAUCUUGAUAAUGAUAAUGGUUAUAAAUCAAGUUACAUUAAAUCCUUGUCGAAUGAUUUUUCGUCUGAAAACGAAUCCAUAUCUAACAAAAUCACUGGUGAAAAUAGGAAAAAACAUAAGAAAAAACAAAGAAGACACAAGUCGGCUUAUUCUGAUGAAGAAACAAAAAUUGAAAACAGUGAUACUAGUUUGCUAGAAGGAGAUCACAAGCAUAAGAAUACUAUAAAACAACGCCGAUAUAGUAAACAAAAAGAUAAAAGAAAAGAUAAAUUACGUGAUAGUAUAGAUACAGAUGAAACACGUGAUGACAAAAAUAAAUUGAAGAGAGAAAAGAAAUCUGUAAACAACAGCUUUGACAUAACUAAUGAAAGUAUCUCUAAUACCAUAAAGAAAGAAGGGAAAAUGGAAGACAUCUUUGGACCACUCUCAGAUGAAUCAGACAGAGAUACGCAAGUCCUUAAUUCUCAUAAAAAUAACUAUUCUACGCAUGACACAGACUCUGUAUUCUGUUCAAACAACUCUGAUUUCAAGCUAAAGGAUAAAGAGGACAAUAAACGUAGAAAGGAGAAAAAACGCAAGGAAAAACGAUAUUUCAAAGAAGACGAUAAUAGUUUAGAUGUUGAUGCUGUAAGUAAGGCAAUAGAAGCUCGGUUGUUUGCUGACGUAAUGGAAGAUGAUGACAGUGGUGCGAAACUAGAGACACUUUCUGAAACUCUAUCUAAAGUAAAUCACAAUGAUCUUAAGUAUAUGGAGGCUACUAUUAUUAACGAAAUAGCUAAGCAUGAUAAAUUAAAAAAAGAGUGUAAAGAAAAGAAAAAGAAAAAAAAGAAAAAUAGAGAAGACAGACAAAGCCGUAAAGAACAUCAUCACUUUUACAACCAAGAAAAGGUCGAGAAAUCUGAACACAUUGACCACGUUGCAGAAAGUAUAGAGACCACACCAAAAACAAUGUUGUUGGAUAUACCUUUGCCAAAUGAUGAGCAAACUGUAAACCAAAAUGAGAAAAAUGAUGAACAGUCACUUAUCCAAAGUCUGCCUAGAUUAACUGACAGUCCGCCGAUUGUAAUACAGUCCGAUGAAAACACGGAUUCUAAAAAUAUUAAUACAAGUGCGGACAUGGAUGAAAAUAAAAUUAAUUACUCGGAAAACAAAGAGAUUGAAAUUGAAGAAAUUCCAAUGCCUCCACCGUAUGAAACUCUCGUAACAACAGAUAUUAGUGAAGUACCGUUACCAAAAGAACCUUUACCGAGCAACUUAAAUCACAAUCGAGAAGAUUUUCUAUCAAAUUUCAAUAGCGACGGUGACUUGUGUGAAGAUGCGGUGCGAAAUAUUACUAACUCCGAAAAAGAAGUAGAUAAAGUAGAGAAAUCAUCAGACGUCGAAAUGUCGUGUAAAAUGGAUAAGAAAACAGAUGAAAAACCGAGAGCAAUCAUUUCACAAGAAGAAACCGAAGAUGCAGUGGCCGCUUUAUUGGGUGAAAGUUUUGGUGGUAAAGUUAAUGAUUUUUCUAAUUACGAAGAAACUGAAAAUAAUUCCACACACCAAAUUGAAAUAGAAAGCGCAACAAUUGAAAGUGAAAAUAUUCCUGAGGAAGACGCUGAAGAAAUGAGACAAGCCGUUCAGAACCUUAAUGCUAGCGAAAUGGAAAUGAAACCAGACACACCUGUCUCAGAUAAUGACUUAUUAUUAAUUGACACAGACACUGAAGAAGCUGACGAUACCACUCAGGACGCUAUAGAAAAACUACCAAUUAAUAUUAUAGCAACAAAUCAAACGUUAAAUACAGGUCCCGAUCUAAACAAGUCUAGUGACGUUCCUAACACAGUCGUUCCUCAACCUAAAUCAAUACCGCCUGUAAAUACUACUGCCGCUGACGCGAAUAUUACAGUUAGUGGACGGGAAGAAUCGGAUGUAAAGAUUCACUUAGCAAAGCGAGAGAAUCCGGUGCAGCUUAUGACAUCGACGGCGACACCUGUGAUAACUUCUUGGACCUUAAGUAAUAAUAAGUUGCUGGAACCUCAUUUGUUAAAUGUUCCUGCUAAUACUACAACUAUUCGAGAUAAGAGCGAAGUCAAACCAACACAUAUCACCGCCAAUAUUGUUCAAAUUAAAGGCGCACAGCCGCAGACCCAAGACUCAAAUCAUUCAGCAAGGCCCAUAUUAAACUCAGGUCGAGUGAAUACUCCAUAUCAGGUUAUCAAUCAAAUGGUUCGUUCGCCUUCAACUAACAUGCAACCCCCUACUAUAAAAAUUCCAGAGCCUCAUAUAUUAUAUCAAAAACCACAAGGUAUAGUUAUGUCACCUAGAAUGUCAAGUGAUCCUAGAAUGCAGAGCCCCAAAGCAAGCCCACAAAGUGAAGGUAUGACAUCACCACGACUUACAAAUGUUGCUAUCUUAAGUUCAUCUCCACAAAAUUUAAAUACUGUGGGAAUAGCUUCACCAUCUGCUAUACAACAAAGAUCUCCAGGACAAGUUACAGUUGUGCGAAUGCAACAGCCUCCAUUGAGUCCCAUUCAAGCGAUGCAUAUGUCACACGGCUCAAGGUCUAUGUUGUCACCAAACAGGCCCAGUUCCGUGUUAGUGCAAACUCAAGGUACUCCAAUCCAUUUUAACCGUUUACCUGUUACACCUGUCUUAGCGCCAAUGACUAAACAAAUAAAUGUAAAUAAUAUUGUUCAACAAAAUAAGGGCAUAAGUAUACCUUCCUCUACCAUAAUACAUCAGCAAAAAGUGGGCGACACUAGAAAAACUGAACAGAGAAAUGUCACUGAUAAUAGUACCGAAAAUGCGAAAAUAAUUUUAUCGCCAACUAAUCUCAAGCAUAGUACCAAUGCUACAGUUAUGGCUCAGAAUUGUCUAAUAUCGAUGCAAACUGCUAUGCACGUCAGUAAUAUGAGUUCACCUGUACAUUUAAGUAGUAAAGUUUUCAUUAAUACUGUCAAUCAAAUGAACGAGAAAAGGGAAAACCAAGCACAAAAACACGAACAAAUUAAUCAUGUUCCUUUUGGAUCAGCUCCAAUUAUACAUGUCGGGGGUGUAAAUAAUUCUACUACAUCUAUUAUACAAACUGGUACAAAAACUGUUUCAUGCAACUCGCAGGAAUCAAAUAAGAUAAACCGGAGUCAAGGUUCUAAUGUCAUACAUUCUUUAGGUUCCCAAAGAGUAUUGACUCAAACACCUACAAGUAACGUAAUUCAGUUAGAGGGAAAUAAAGUGCCUGUGACGACCAAAGUGGGAACAGUAUUGUCAAUGGCAACAAUAAGACCACCUUCAUUCGUAGCUAAACUGGAAUUAUCUAAUUCAUUAACCGCUGCAACCACUACUAUUACCAACGUAUCUCCCUUAUUAUUAAAAACAAGCAGUCCUACCACAUCGAUCAGAAUGAGUUCAAAAUUUGACAAAAGUAUAGAACAACACCCCUCAGUAUUACAAAAUCAUAUACGAGACAACGAAUCGAAAAUUGAUGAAAGCGGCGAGGUUAAGAAGUUAAAAGUAAAGGUGUGUGAUUUAAAAGAACAAAGAGACUUACUACCAAAUCAGUCUCCCUCUUCUGUUGAACAUAAUACCAAAUGUGAAACAGAUUUCGAAGAACUUUUAAAAGACAACACAAAUGAAAUAAAAGUAACAAACGAUCCCGAAAAAAAAUUGGAAGUUAAUGUUGGUAAAACUGUAACAUUAAUUACAUCUACAAUUAAGGAAGAAGAUAAUACUGUUGAUUAUGUUAAAAAAGAAACUUUAUCAGUGGAGUCAUUUCAAAGUCAACCAUUGGUUCAAAAUGUCAAAGACGAAAAAAACGAUACCAGUAAUAAUGGUCAAGCAAGUGAAAUGCCACUUAUAGAAAAUAAUACAAUGCAAACGAAUUCAACAGACCCUAUGACCAGAGAUAAUACCAACACAUCUAGUAAUGAGCCUAAAAAUGGCACUUCUGAAAAUGAAAAAUCUGAAAAGUCGGAAAAUUUAGACAAAACUUGUGAUAGUGAUUUUCUUACAUUGUUGCCAACUGACUCUGAAGUGAGUAAUAAUUCGUUAAAAAAUGAUGAAAACGAUUCUUGGAGUGCUAAAGACUUAAACAUAGAAUCGGUGAUUAAAAAAGUAGAUUCCUUGUGUAAUGACGUGGACAUUAAUACGAAAGAUGACAAAGUGUUUGAUCCUGUAAAAGUAGAUCCUAAAAUUACUGAAGACACAAUAAACAAGACAUUACACCUUAAAACUGCUCCACCUAAAGUCCAAACCGAUUGUAGUAUCAUGGAGAAAGCUGAAGGGCCUCUGUGUGAUAAUAAUAUACCAAUUGUUACCAAUAAGAGAGGUGGACGAAACAUUAGAGGUAGAAAAGCUGACAAAAAUCAAGACAGAGUACAAACUAGACAAAUCUCUAAACCAGCGAGAGGUGGCACUUCUAAACGUGGCAGAGGUAGAGCUAAGGUCGAUAAGAAAAUCAAAAAUUUAGUCAACAACAAUGCGAAUACUAUGCCAGGUGAUGUCUAUGAUUUUCACGAAGAUUCGGGUGAUGAAACAACAUCUUCACCUAAUAAAUCUGAAACACGUCCAAGAUUGAUCUUAACAAUAAAGAGUCCGCUAUCGGGUCAUUCCAAUAUGAUGGCUACCUCAACUUUAAGCAUAACUCCAAAAGAUCAACCGAAAUCGCUUGAAAGAAAUAAGGAGGAGAAGAGUGAGGAUUUCAUUUCGCCAUCCCCAAAUACACGAAAGUCUCGUAGGCUACAGGAGAAAGACGUUCAACGUACUACGGUGGACGAUGUUAUUGACGAUGUUAGUAAAUUGCCUACCAGAAUUGGAAAGGAAGGUAACAAAAAAAGACCGAUUAGACAGACUGUUAAUAAAACAGGACAGGAAAAGCCUGGUUUGGAUGUACGAAAAUCGCCGAGGGGUGUCAAGCGGACAAGAGAUCGAAGUUUGUCAGAUGCGUCCAUCGACAGUGGAGACGAGAGGAAUAACAAAGAGGGUACCAAGGAUGCCAAAACGCCUCGUAUAGAUGAAUCGUCAGUCCAGAUGGAGGCGGUGGUAGCACCGCUACCCACACCUCCACCUCAGAUACCACCAUCUACGCCGACGCCUAUAACUAAGCCUCCCAAGAAGAUGAUUUCCGAGAUAAGCGCAAAGUUAGCUUCCGUUUUUGAAGCUGCUGCUGCAGCCGGUAUCGCUGAUCGCACACACCCUGAUGUGUCGCGGUCUAUCAUCGAACCUCCUACUCCUUCUACUCAAGGCGGCGGCGAAGCUACGAUGCCGCGGCGUCUAGGUGAUGCCGUGCCCGGAGCACUCGUGGCAGUAGGCGCCACCGAAGCCACAGACGCGCGUGUGCAGUCGCCCGCCCUACCUCAUAGGCCUCCGUCUGCACCCUCUACACCAUCUAUGCAUCGACCCGCCGAUCGUGUCACGCCUGUGCUCAUUCGCUCCGUGCGCUCACGGUCACCUGCAGCUGCAGCGGCGGCAGCACAUGAUGAAAGCGCUCGAGUGUCUGGCGGUGCAGGGUGCCGACCCGAGGGCGAGGCACCACUCGCUGUGGGUGGUGCCGGAGCGGCGGCGGCCCCACGUGUUUUCCGUGGCUACGCAGCAACAGCAAGUUUACCACGCGGUGCUCACCACCCGCCGCAUCCGCCCUCGGACCACCAUCAUCUCGCUAAGCAGGUCGCUAUUGUCGGUCCACAGCCACAUCAACAUCAUCCAGGUGCCGCGUCUAGAGUAACUAUUGCGAGUGUACCUUCGAUCAGUCCCCAGGGUCAAAUGGCAAUGGGCGACGGAGUCUAUCCUCACUUUUCGCAUCAACAUUAUCAGAUGUAUCAACAACAUUUCCGCGCAACUCAGCACGAAAACAGAGCUACACCGUCGCCAUAUACACGAUCUCUGGAAGCGGAAGGGUCCGAAGCUCCGACACCGCCCCUGGAGUUGCGGCGACCGCCGUCCGCUCGAGUGCCCCCGCGGCCCGUUCAUUCUCCUGCACCAGAGCUCGCCUACCGCCCUACCGAGGCAGAGCCGAUGGACGCGUACCGGCGCGCCGACUGCGUGGUGCGGCGCGCGCCGCCCGUGGCCGUGUACGCGCUCAACUGCGCGCGCUCGCCGCCUCCCGCGCACGGCCGCUCGCCGCCGCCCGCGCACGGCACGUCGCGCCUGGCGGGCGCACUGCCGCCCGGCGCCGCGCCCGGCCCGCCCGCCGGCCCGCCGCACGCCUCGCAGGUGCCUCGGGAGGCGGACUCCUUGCAAAUGCUCCUACGGCGCUACCCGGUGAUGUGGCAGGGGCUCCUGGCGCUGAAGAACGACUCGGCAGCAGUACAGAUGCAUUUCGUAGGUGGCAAUCCUGGCGUCGCCGGCGACACGCUCUCGCGCCACGCCGAUGGCACCACGCCGCUGCUGCGCAUCGCACAGCGCAUGCGCCUCGAGCCGCUGCAGCUCGACCAGGUGCACCGUAAGAUGAAGAUGGAAAAUGAACACUGUAUGUUGCUGGCGCUGCCGUGCGGCCGCGACCACAUGGACGUGUUGCAGCAGUCGAACAACCUGACCGCUGGUUUCAUUACAUAUUUGCAACGCAAGCAAGCCGCCGGUAUCGUCAAUAUCGCACCUCCUGGACAUCAGCAGGCUAUGUUCACGGUCCACAUCUUCCCAUCGUGUGACUUCGCCAAUGAGAACUUAAACCGUAUAGCACCAGACCUCAUGCAUCGUGUCGCAGACAUCGCGCACCUGCUGAUUGUUAUAGCCACUGUGUGA